UUUGGUUCCAUCCACGCUACUCGCAGUCUCGUACUCGAGACGGGCUAAACUGAGCCGACGAGAUGAGCCAAAUCAGUCUCGCUCGGUUCUGCCAAAGCUACCAGACACUACUUGGGUAGUUGGGCUUGAGCCUAGGUUGGUUGGCGCUUCGAAUUGGAGGGCCAUGGCGCUUAGAUAGUAGCCGAGGUUGGGAAUAAAAAGGUAUCGUAUAUUCAUAUCAGAAGCGCGGCAAAGUCGCGAAUAGUGGGUGUGGGUGAUGGCAAGUAGGAAGAAAGGAAAUGGAAGAUUCUGAACUCUGAAGAUGAAUCAUUGACUCUUAUCUUUCUAAUCGGCUUUCAACAAAAUUGUAAUCUGUUUGCAUGCUGGAUCAUAUGGCUUCUGCACCUUCUCAUCCGACUUAUGUUCCUCUCUCUUCCGGUGCAGGUGGCAAAUAUCCAGAUCAUGAAGCCCAGCUAUCAUCGGUUCCCAUCCACAUUGUUACCCAUGCAUCUCAACUCCCCCUUGAAUUUCUGGAACCCUCCCCUGAAAGGCCGUUGGUCAUUGGCUUCGAUUGUGAGGGCGUUGAUCUUUGUCGUUAUGGAACUCUUUGUAUUAUGCAGCUUGCAUUUCCAGACGCUAUAUAUUUGGUUGAUGCUAUUCAGGGUGGGGAGAUGCUUAUGAAAGCCUGUAAGCCUGCACUUGAAUCUAGUUAUGUCACAAAAGUCAUUCACGAUUGCAAACGUGAUAGCGAGGCUUUGUAUUUUCAAUUUGGCAUAAGAUUGCACAGUGUUGUUGAUACUCAAAUAGCAUAUUCCCUGAUAGAGGAGCAAGAAGGAAGGACAAGAUCAUUGGAUGAUUAUAUAUCUUUUGUUGGCCUCCUAGCAGAUCCACACUAUUGUGGUAUAUCAUAUAUUGAAAAGCAAGAAGUUCGUGUCCUUCUUAGACAGGAUCCUGAAUUUUGGACAUACAGGCCAUUGUCUGAAUUGAUGGUCCGUGCAGCUGCUGAUGAUGUUCGCUUUCUGCUUUACAUCUACCACAAGAUGAUGGAAAAAUUGAAUAAGCGAUCCUUGUGGCAUCUUGCAGUUCGUGGUGCACUGUAUUGUAGAUGUUUCUGCAUCAAUGAUAAUGAGUAUGCAGAUUGGCCAUCUCUCCCUCAUAUUCCAGGUCUUCAUGCUUCUGAAUAUGAUGACCUAGCUGUGGAAGGGAAUGUGCCUGAGGAGGAGGUCCUGUCAGUAUUAAAUGUACCUCCAGGAAAAAUGGGACUUGUCAUUGGAAGAAGGGGAGCUUCAAUCCAGUCAGUCAAAGAAUCUUGCAAUGCGGAAAUUCUCAUUGGAGGUGCCAAGGGACCACCUGACAAGGUAUUCAUCAUUGGACCUGUGAAGCAGGUGAGGAAAGCAGAAGCUAUUCUAAGGGGAAGGGUGCUGGAAAUGUAUUGAGAGCUCCAUUGAAAUGCCCAUCCUUUUCCUGAUCUUGUAACUGAUGGCUACCAGACCAUAAAUUGGCCAUCCUUGAGACAUAUACCAUGUAAAAUUUGAGCUACUUCUUUAACAUCUCCAACCUGCCUAUCCAUAAUAUGUACAGAGAUGAUCAAUUGCUGUUUAUCUCAUGUCAGUAUUGAUGUUUCUAGUGGAACUGUGGAAGUAUAUUCCCCAAUAUUGGUGCUAGAAAAAUGAGACCGGACUGAUGAACUGAGCGGCUUGGCUAAAUGUGUUGAUCAGACUUUAUUAGCA